AUUGGCUUGAUAAAAUAAAAAGUUCAGAUUAUGUAAACGAAGUUAUAAAACGUAAAAUUAAAUAUGGCAUUGAUAAAAUAAAAAGUUCAUAUAACGUAGACGAAAUUAAAAAACCAAUUAAAUUUUGGCUUAAUGAAAUAAAAGUCACAGAUGAUUUAGACGAAAUUUAA